CCUACACCAGAAGUGAUUGUUGGGUGGGCGGCUUCCUAGCACUUUGGUGUGGCAAGACUUGCGGUACUUUUCGCAUGGAGGCCCCGAGCAAACGACCGAAAAUGGAUGGAUCGAGUAAAAAGACACCCUGCUUUGCAGAUUAUUUCAACUCUAGCCGCUUCUCUGACGUCAAAAUCCGUUUUGGCGAUGUUCCCCACAAGCAAAUGUUUCCCGGUCAUGCAGUCAUCCUGUGUGUGCAAUCUGAAUGGUUCGAAAAGGCAUUAAACGGCGGCUUUAAGGAGAGCGAGACUAGGGUUAUUGACGUUAAAGGCGAUGAUCCUCUGGCCUUUAAUAACAUGCUCAAAUUCAUCUAUGGAAUACGCAUCCCAGAGUUGACCUCCACCUUCACAUUGGGGAGUUUGAUGUCCUCUGUCAGACUUUGGGGCGUCGCCGACAAGUAUGAUGUUCCCGCUCUUCGCAAAGAGGUCGAGAAAUGGUGGUCCGAGUCCUUGCCGAUAUACAUUCACGAUCUCUAUCGCAGAGCGAACCAAGGAGAUGACCCUCCCCUGCAAAAGAAAUUAUUCACCAAAGUCGUACUAGGGAUUUUCGACUCGGUCAGUGAGGGUGCUGAGCAUAUGAAGGACCCUCUGCUUCAAGUGUUAUUCCGGACCUGCUUGCAAAGAGACACCUUCUUCAGCAAAUCCAUUGACUCCCAGGUUCCCACCAACGGGAUAUCACUACUCCAGGACGCUGUGAGAAAGAGCGCGGAGUUCUCGCAGUGUCUCCUCUUAUACAUCCACGAUGCUAGAAAUGGAGCACAGCCUAUAGUGAAUUCUGGGGGGAAUGCUACCAGCGGCGGCCAAAGUCUUACGAUUGCUGGGUCGCCGGAUGAGUGGGAACCAUUUGGGCCAUUCCGGUCAAUGUUUCCCCCCAAUCUGUAGGGCGUCCUCAUCUUCCCGUCAAUCCCAGGGGAUGUGAUUCCUUUCCGUAUUUACUAGACCAGAAAGGAAAGGGGGAGAUGUAGUUCCUUUAACCCAUAGGGCAUACUUCUCAUCUGAACGCAGUUUCUCAUAGUUGAGCUUGAACAAAGUAUACUAUACUUUUUGUAUCACCAAACAAUUCACGGCAGUAGCUGAC